UCGAAAAUGCUUUGGUACUUAUGAGAGUGAUGUGAGAAAAGUCAUUUUAAGUGACAGUUUGUGAUGAGACCGUUGCUUUGCGUUUUUCAGAAAAUACUUGGCUUGCCUUUUGGUUUCAUGGCAACCAACAGGGUGGCAUUCGAAAGUCGUGAAACUUCUUCACAUGCUAAUUCGUUUUCUUGGUGCGCCAAUCGAUCUUUACGCUGCACCUGCCAGAUGACAGCAAAAAAUCUUUAAAAAUGAAUGACUUUAUUACCAUAUUUGUCUUUGGGAGGCAAUUAUGGCUGCUAGGAAAGCCCAAACACUAUGUUAAUAAGUGACGGCGUUUGAGCCAAGCGAAUUUGGCUGGCAAAUUUAUAUAAAUAGCGUUGGCGACAGUGAAUGAAGAUGGCGGUCAAUUUAACAAGGCUUCUCGCUCUUUUCAGUGUCUUUUGUGUCCUGGCUGAAACAGCUGGAUCUCUCCGUAUUGAGAAUGUAAAGUCUUGGGCGGAUGAGUUGGGAAGAGUGCUGUCUGAGUUCUUCAACAAUACCACCCAGUACAGCAAAAUUCAAGAGGACUACCAUCAAUCUAGUAAGCUUUCGACCACCGAUAGAAAUGGAAGUGCGAUUGCGGAGAAGAUGAAACAGCGCCUGGAGGGUAUUUUGCAAGGAAAAAUUGAGUCUAUCAGGAAUCUUGCUUCAAAGGCUGCAGAACUUAGAAAGAAUUACACUUACAAGACUGGAUCUGAAAUUGAACAGACUGAGUAUUUUAACACUAAGGAGCUGACAGGCUUGCCUCUGGAAAGAGACCCAAAGUUUUCUGAUAAAUUUGCUAUUAACAAGUCUAGCAGUGUUGUACACAUACCAACUGAUGUUUACAGUAGGGGGGUGAAAAUUCUCAAUACCAUUAAUUGGACGGAUGGACUGAAUAAAUACUUCAAAGAAAAUGAACAGAAAGACCCUUCACUAUUGUGGCAGUAUUUUGGAAGCUCUGAUGGAGUUUACAGGGUGUAUCCAGGUUAG